AAAUAUUUGCCUGAUCCGAAACAACUUUAAAGCCCGUGACUCUGAAGUUAGUGGUCUCUGCUUUUGGCUGAAUCAAGAUGUCCAGUAAUCCCCGGCUGCUGGUGAAGAACGCCCAACAGGUGGUUCUGAUCUGCAACAACGGAGAGAAGUUCCUCACCAAACUCGGGAUGCAGAACCUUUGUGUGAUUGAAAAUGGGAGCGUAGUGAUUGGGAGCGACGGGCUGAUUGAAGCCGUGGGCCCCGCGGAAGUCCUCCGCGCGCAGUACUCACGCGCGUCCUUCGAUCACGUGAUCGACGCGACAGGCAUGUGCGUCGUGCCCGGGCUGGUCGACGCGCACACGCACCCGGUGUGGGAGGGGGACCGGGUGCACGAGUUUGCAAUGAAGCUGGCGGGCGCCUCCUACAUGGACGUGCACCGGGCCGGCGGAGGGAUCCACUUCACCGUGGAGCGCACCCGAGCCGCCGCCCCCCCGGAGCUGCUGGCCUCCCUCCGCGGCCGCCUGGUCCGGAUGCAGCGAGCCGGCACGACCCUGGUGGAGUGCAAGAGCGGGUACGGGCUGGAGCUGCAGACCGAGCUGAAGAUGCUGGAGGCGAUCGAGGAGGCCCGACGCACGCUGCCCAUCAACAUCUCCUCCACCUACUGCGGAGCUCACGCGGUGCCCAGAGGGAAGUCGGUGGCGGAGGCCACGGAGGACAUCCUGCGGGUGCAGCUGCCCGAGCUGAAGGAGCGGAUGUCCGCCGGGGCGCUGGGAGUCGACAACAUCGACGUGUUCUGUGAGCGCGGCGUGUUCGACCUCGGGUCCACGCGCGCCAUCCUGCAGGCCGGCAAAGACAUGGGCCUCAACAUCAACUUCCACGGGGAUGAGCUGCACCCCAUGAACGCUGCUCAGUUGGGUGCAGAACUCGGGGCCUUGGCCAUCAGUCACCUGGAGGAGGUCACCGAUGAGGGGAUCGCUGCCAUGGCGACAGCAGGAACGGCCGCCGUCCUUCUCCCAACCACGGCCUACAUACUGAGGCUGCCUCAGCCACGGGCCAGAGACAUGUUGGAAGCCGGAGUGAUAGUCGCCCUCGGCAGCGACUUCAACCCCAACGCCUACUGCUGCUCCAUGCCGAUAGUCAUGCACCUGGCCUGCGUGAACAUGAAGAUGUCCAUGCCCGAAGCUUUGGCCGCCGCCACCAUCAACGCCGCCUACGCCCUGCGGCGCUCCGACACACACGGCUCGCUGGAGGUCAACAAACACGGCGACCUGCUGGUCCUCGACACCCCGCGGUGGGAGCACCUGAUCUACCAGCUGGGCGGACAUCAGGAGCUGAUUCGCUACGUCGUCAUCAAAGGAAACGUCGUCGUUGAUAAUAACAAAACUAUGCAGCUGUAACCGGAGAAUUAGUGACAGUGCUUUGAAUAAUUCUCCAGAAUUUAAGAAAAUACUUAAAAAAUAUUUUUUGGCUCCUGUUUGUAAAACUUGUGUUAAAGACUGACCAUAUUUACUAUCCUAAGUGCUUUAAAUGUCCUGUUAGCUUGUGAUUAAAAUCUUCCCCUCUGUUCAA